AUGGUUGCCGCUAAGAAACAAAAAAAGACCAUCGAGUCCAUCAACUCCAGGUUAGCCCUGGUUAUGAAAUCAGGCAAAUACUGCUUGGGGUACAAACAAACAUUAAAGACUCUUCGUCAAGGAAAGGCAAAGUUGGUGAUCAUCGCCAAGAACGCUCCUCCUCUAAGGAAAUCAGAGGUUGAAUACUACGCUCUGCUAGCCAAGACAGGAGUCCACCACUACAGUGGAAACAACAUUGAGUUAGGCACAGCUUGUGGUAAAUACUACAGAGUAUGCACACUAGCCAUCACUGACCCUGGAGACUCUGACAUUAUCACAACAUUGCCUGAAGCUACUGUUUAA